ACAGAUUUAAAUUGUAGUGUCAGUCAAUCAGCCAUUAUUGCACACAUAAAUUUUAUAAUUACAACAAUAUCGUUUGUUGCAUACCGUGUGAUUAUAUUUAUUUGCCGCGAUAAUAAAAUAUAUUACGAAUACAACUUUUAGUGGUUUGCUGUGUCCCUGAUUUAUCGCGAGGUACGAUGUUUAUUUCGUAUUAAUAAAUAUUGUACUGUUAUCAAAAUUUGAAGAUAUUUGAAAAACAAUAUGACGUUUCUCCUGUCGUACGCUGUCGUCUCUGUAUUCGUCUUCACGGUACAGUUGCAUUUCUUCUACUUGGGUCCUGUCCACUCGAUACAAAAUGGCACAAAUUACACGACGUGUCAAGAAUGUAUAGAUUCGGAAUGCUAUAAAACGGAUAAACAUGCGUGCGUAUUAAAUGAUACAGACAAUACGUAUUUGUGUUUCACUUGUGACACCGAUACGGAUGGAAACAGUCAGUUCUACUCAGAAACUGCUUGCAAGGCGUCCUGUGCGGACGAGCACAAGUGCACUUGCGACGGCGCCUGUUACAAGUGCUUCCAAGGCGUGAUACCCGACCAUGAGGUUUUUACAUGUACAAUCCCGACCGAACAGAUGGACGAUAAUUGCAAUAAGUCUCCGUACCAACCUCCCUCAUCAUAAUAUGUUUUAUCAAUAGAUUUUAUUAUUUGAAAAUAAUUGCCAUUAUUUAUACAUAUAUAUUAUUAUAUUAUUUACACCUGGUCAUCACCACGAUAUUUAUUUAUAAUAAUUUUGCAUAUUUUAUCUGAUUCAAUGGCUUUUUGUCAACCGUUCUUAUGUAUAUUGUGCAGUUGAGAUACACGACAGCAGCACCACAUAACUGUCUUUUUACCGUAGGUAAAUACAUUCAAUAUAAUAAGAGAUUUUUAAAACAAUCCUCGGAAUAGAAAAUUUAUAUAUGUAUAUAAUGAAUACCUGAUCACCGAAAAUUUGUUUGUCGAUAAAAAAAAUUACCAAAAUUAUAUUAUUACUAUUUGAUUCUAUAUUGUAUAAUAUAUGCACUUUACCAUUAUACGUUAAUACGUAUUAAUGUAUUUAGUAUUAUUUUAUGAAUAUUUAACUAUUAUUACAUCAUUAUAUAUUUUGUGUUUUAUUUUUUUUAUUCUUAACGAAGUUCUGAGCUUCGUCGUUUAUGAAUUUCGAAAGCUGCAUCGGUGUAAUACUGUAAUAAAGUUAGGUAUUAAAAUAUUAUUAUAAAUAUUAUUUAUUAAUUAUAAGUUAUAAUAUAAUAUAUACAAUGUUGAAAAAUUA